CAGCUGGGACGCGCCGAACUCGAGGCAGGAGUAGGCUCUCUGGAGCCUGGUCCCUCCCUUCCCCUUCCCUGUCCCCUUCCCCCACCCCCGACGCGGGCUUGGCGCGGCGACCAGAGGAAACCCGAGCCGGCCCCACACCCCUGAGCUGGAGGGAUGGAGAACUCGUCGGCAGCCUCGGCCUCCUCGGAGGCUGGGAGCAGCCGAUCCCAGGAAAUCGAGGAGCUGGAGCGCUUCAUCGACAGCUACGUGCUGGAGUACCAGGUGCAGGGGCUGCUGACCGACAAGACGGAGGGUGACAUUGAGAGCCAGAGGACGCAGUCCCACAUCUCCCAGUGGACAGCGGAUUGCAGCGAGCAGCUCAACAGCAGCUGCUCCUUCUCCAGAGGGCGAGCCCCACCGCAGCAGAAUGGCAGCAAGGACAGCACUCUGGACAUGCUGGGCACAGACAUCUGGGCUGCCAACACCUUUGAUUCCUUCAGUGGUGCCACCUGGGACCUGCAGCCUGAAAAGCUGGACUUCACCCAGUUCCACCAGAAGGUCCGACACACGCCCAAGCAGCCACUGCCACACAUCGACCGCGAAGGGUGUGGAAAAGGGAAACUGGAAGAUGGGGAUGGCAUCAACCUGAAUGACAUUGAGAAGGUCCUCCCGACCUGGCAGGGCUACCACCCGAUGCCCCAUGAAGUGGAGAUCGCACACACCAAGAAGCUGUUCCGGAGGAGGAGAAACGAUCGAAGAAGACAGCAGAGACCUCCAGGGGGGAACAAGCCCCAACAGCACGGGGACCACCAGCCGGGCAGUGCCAAACACAACAGGGAUCACCAGAAAUCCUACCAGGGGGGCUCAGCGGCCCCCGCCUCAGGGAGGCCUAACCACCACGGCUACAGCCAGAACCGGCGCUGGUACCAGAGCAGCAUGAAGCACCCUCCAGGGGACAAGGGGGAGGCAGGAGCCCACCGUAAUGCCAAAGAGACCGUGGCCAUCGAGAGCCCCAAACUUGAGGACACCCCAGGGGACACCAGGAACAGUGGCCUUGAAACCCCCCGCAGCCCUGACACCCUCACCCCAACAGCUCCCGAGAGGCUGCCACCACAGCCUCCGGGGGGACCAGAGGCAGAGACCAAGCACAAAGACAGUGUCCCUCCUGAGCGCGCGGGAGAGCGGCCCAGAAUCACCCUGCUCCAGUCUUCCAAAGACAGGCUGCGGCGGAGGCUAAAAGAAAAGGUACCGAAACCUCUGCUGCGCUCAGCCACGCUCGGUUUCCUCCCACAUGCCCAGGAUGAAGUGGCCGUGGAGACCACCAGCCCCCAGCAGAACAAGAUGGACAAGCUGAUCGAGAUCCUGAACAGCAUGCGGAACAACAGCAGCGACGUGGACGCCAAGCUCACCACCUUCAUGGAGGAGGCCCAGAACUCCACCAACUCCGAGGAGAUGCUGGGCGAGAUCGUGAGGACCAUCUACCAGAAGGCCGUGUCAGACCGCAGCUUCGCCUUCACGGCUGCCAAGCUCUGUGACAAGAUGGCCCUCUUCAUGGUGGAAGGGACCAAGUUCCGCAGCCUGCUCCUCAACAUGCUCCAGAAGGACUUCACAGUGCGCGAGGAGCUGCAGCAACAGGACGUGGAGCGCUGGCUCGGCUUCAUCACCUUCCUGUGCGAGGUGUUCGGCACCAUGCGCAGCAGCACAGGCGAGCCCUUCCGCGUGCUGGUGUGCCCCAUCUACACGUGCCUCAGGGAGCUCCUGCAGUCUCAGGACGUGAAGGAAGACGCGGUCCUCUGCUGCUCUAUGGAGCUGCAGAGUACAGGCCGGCUGCUGGAGGAACAGCUGCCCGAGAUGAUGACGGAGCUCCUGGCCAGCGCCCGAGACAAGAUGCUGUGCCCCUCGGAGUCCAUGCUGACGCGGUCACUGCUCCUAGAGGUCAUCGAGCUCCAUGCCAACAGCUGGAACCCUCUGACUCCCCCCAUUACACAGUACUACAACAGAACCAUCCAGAAACUGACAGCCUGACAGCCGGGGGGCCUGGCGGGCAGCCCACGGGCAGCUGGGGCCCUGGCGCACAGGGCCAGAUGGACAGGCGGGAGGACAGGGGUGGCCCUGGCGGGAGAAAGAAAUGGGCAGGAAGGCAGGCAGAGUCGGUGGCCAGUCUGGAGCCAGCAGGGGAAGGGAUCAGAUCCCUGAGAGGAGCAUCCCCUCCCUCCCAGGUCCCCCGCCCCAACCCGAGCAUGCCCGUAGCUCACACCAAUAAGGGAAGCAUGUGUCUUUUUCCUGGUGGCCCUGGCCCUCGCCCAUCCUCUCUCCUGCCCCUCCCACCCCCUGCCACUCCACCCAUCCCCCCGCCCAGCUUUUUGGCGGGGUCUGUCCCUGCCGCUGCUCAAGAGCCUCCAGCAGCCUUGCACACCAGGACACUGCGUGGGUCAGAAAGGACCUCAGAAGGCUGAAGAAGUGGGUCGAGUCAGGCUCCCAUUGUUCCUGCGUGCUGUCAGCCGCAGUCGCCAACUGGCAGCAGGGACGUGUAGCAGAUGUCCGGGAGGACAAAGGCAGGCACCGUCCCCACCAGCCGCCCGUCACUGCGGGCCUUUGUCAGCCUGGCCGAGCUGGGGGCGGCACUUUUCUCUAACCUUCACGCUCCACCCUCCUGACUCGGGUUCCCCCAGCCCCAGCCCCAGGCCGAGGGGGUCGAGGGGGUCGGCCGGCAGCAGGAGGGAGCUGGAGCCCGCGGCUCAGCUUGCACCCUUUUAUUUUAUUGUGUUUUAUUUUUCAAAAGUCAGUUGCUUUGAAGUCUCUCCUCUCAAUGAAAAAGCCCUCGAUGUGAUCACACAGUCAGCCCGCGAGGACCCCCUGAUUAGCUGCAGAUCAAACCCGGCCCCCUCUGGAAGGAUUCUAGCCACAAACAGCUUGCCAGUAGCCAAUUAGGGUAAUUGGAAACUUCUGCCCCGGCGGGGGUCCCCGCUGGAAUCCUCUGUUCCUCAGCCCCUGGCCUGCAGCCCCUGUGCUGUCUCUCUCAAAGGGCUGAUGCUGUCGCCCCUGGACUGAGUUAGACCCAGUCCUGGCCUGGGGCAGGGGCGGGGGGCGGGCUGCCUUGCGGUGAACGUGGCCGGGGAACAGGACUGGCAAACUAAAACCAAAACACACAGCUUGUCCCAGGCUCAUCCUGGGGGGAACAGGGAGCAGGGGGCCGCCUUGCUCUCCAGGACUUGGAAGGGUGGCUCGUGGGCUAGACGGCUACCCCAGCCUCCGCCCCAGCAAGACCCAGAAGCCCAGCCCUCCAGGGUCUUGGGAAGGGGGGAAUUCAUCCAGUCAGGACAGGGACAGUCCGGUGACUGUCCUGGAAACAAGGCUGGGGUUUCUUGGAAGUCCCUCCAUCCAGAGGAACGGCUUCCAUCUUUGAUGGCUAGAGAGGAGGACGAGGUCGUCUCUGGGGUAUGGAGCCCAUAUUUUGAUAAGGCCCCAGGAGAUGCCAGCAGAGCCCAGCAGCAUCCGACCUGCUCCUGGGUGGAGGCUGGCCAAGCCCUAGGUCAGACUGGAGGCUCUUUCUGGCCUCCAGGUUCAAAUCAGAUCGAGUGGGAAGGGAAGGGUGGGGGAGGUUUCUCCUGAUUGUUCCUGAGGCUAGGGAGGCCGAGUGGGUGGGUCCAAGAAGUUCCCCAGUUCUCCCUGAUUUACCCUCUGCAGUCGGGCUUCCAGCUCCAAGACAGGAGCCUGCGCCAGUCCCCAGAAAGAGCCUGUUGGGAGCAAAUUAUGGGGGACACAGGUUUUCUCUGCCAAGAGGCUCGUGCUCCCCUGGCCCCGGCCCCGCCCCCUUCCUCCCGCCCCUCCUUCCCAGGCUGCUGUUACUGCCCGGUGUCCUUCCCCAGCCCUUAGGCGCAGGGACCUCAGAAGCCCCACCGGAGGCUUGAGGGAAGAGCCAGGCUGAUUUGGGAUAUAGCUCAGCUGGUAGACUGCUUGCUUCGCCUGCACAGGCUCUGGGUUCAGUCCCCAGCACCACACACACAAAAAAAGAAACACAGAAACGUAUAAAUGAUUUGGGGAUGCUCAGAGAGGACACCAGGGAAAUCAUGCUCUCCGGAGCGUGAAGUCUGGCAGCCUCAUCCAGGCAAGCUACUCUCCUGCAGCGGCGGAGAGCCCACGUGUGCUGAGAUGGCUUCCCUCAGGUGUGUGUGGGGUGUGUGUGUGUGUGUGUGUGUAUCUGCUGAGAAUGAAGCAGGGUCCCCGAGAGGCCGGGAGUGGGGGCCUAGGUCCAGUGGAAGCAGGUCCACCCCUCGCUGGGCUCCCGGAGGGGCUCUUCAUGAAGGAGGCUCCCAGACACUGUGGCGGGGCUGGUGUCCCCUGCGGAGGCAGAGACAGGCAGCAUCGCAGGCACCAUGGGUCGAAUGCGCGUCCCUCUGAACGGCCUGUCGGGGCCUCGCCUCAGAGCCAGCCCCUUCUUGCCCGGGAAGAGCAGUGUGAAGAAGUGAGAUAUAAAUAUGUAUACAUAUAUAAAUAUAUUUUUAAUUACGUGUCGUGUCACGGUGGCUCUAGACAAACCGUUUGCCUAGUUUCUUCCAUGGCUUGAAAGCGCUUCCUGGCCAAUCCGUAACACUUUCGGCUGUUUUUCUAAAUGCAGGUUGCUGCUACUUUUUCAGACAUAGAAGGAAAACAUUUUUAAAUUUUUUUUUUUUUAAAGAAACAACAGCAAAGCCUAAAACGUCAGAGUCUGGGCAGCUUCCCACGGGAGACUACUCAGACAGGGACAGGGGACAGAAGCAGGUGCCCCACAGCGCCCUGCCCCUCCCCAGGCCAGCGGCCCCUCUACUGCAAGAGGAAGGUCACCUGCAGCUGGCCUCUGAGUGUCUGACGGGAGGGAGGACUGGCCACUGCGUCGCCGUGGCCUGUGCUGCUCCCCUAUUGCCCGCGGUUCUUGGCGCUCGGAGGAGGCCCGGGAACAGCCAUCUGAUGUCGUCCUCGUCUCCGCCCCGCCUGUCAGGAUGAGUUAGUCACCGUGUUCCUCUCGGGCGGCCGGCUUGCCACCCUCCUGCUGCCCACGGCCUGGUGGCUUUGCCUGAGCUCUGGGACGGCAACCCCAGGAGGGCUCCCAACCGUCCUCCCUGGGGAAGAACAUGCACCCCCAAACCCAGUUUGUCGUCUGUCCUUCCUUAACCAGUCUGUAAACCUUCACAGUUUGGGGAUCGUCCUGUCCAUCUGUGUAAAUGUAAAUGUUGACGCAG